ACAGUAUUCGGUGCACCUGGCAACACGGAAGAUUUACAAAUGGCGACGGCCGCUAUUCAAUCAUUGAAGAACGGGAACACUGACAAUGUAAACAAACCAACAUGUGACAUGCCCUGUGCGAUUGAUGCGAGGUAGAUAUCAUCUCGAGAUACUUAGAUGACAUAGAAGACGGGCAUCCAGGUGGGAGAAUAUCUAGCCGUACAUCGGGAAGAUGAGUGAAACGGCCAGAAUGUCGACCAACUCAAGUCCGACACGGUCAACUAAAGACAUGGACUCGAGCAAGAGUCCGGAGAGACAGGAACGGAAGGUGAUCCCCCAGGAUCAGAAGCUGGAGAACAGGCUGAACAUGAAGGACUUGGAGCGUCUCCAGGGAAACUUCAUGAUGGAGGGCGAGGGUUACGACAACCGUCUCAGUCUCAACAAGGCCCAGUUCUGUGAAGCUCUGUCUCUCCUGCUGAGGAAGGGAUCGAGAGAUGAGUACGCGGAACUGUUUGACAAGAUCGACGUGACGCGGGAGGGGACGGUGGACUGGGACAAGUUCGCCUCUCACAUGCUGCUGGAGUUCUACGAGCGCGACGACCGCGUCAAGUCCACGCAGGUGCCCCAGUGGAGGGAUCUCAAGUCUCUUCCCAGCCCUCACAAGGACGUGAUACAGCGAGUUGCAUACUUUAAGAAUACCCACAGAUACAUCGCCAUCAGUAAGGAAGGGUCGAUCUCCAUGUGGGGUAUGGACCUACGGAGUCAGCGCACCAUCAAGACCGGCACCGACUCGUGUAAGGCCCGAGACUUGUGGGUCACGCACUUCGUGCCUCUGCAGAACAUCAACAAGAUUGCCCUAGCCUUCACCAGCAAGGAAAUAGCCAUUUAUGACCUGAGCAGCAAGAUUGAGUUCAACUGUCAGUACAAAGUGCAGGACCUGCCCUACACUCCGCUGUGUCUGGACUACUGGUCCAACCCUAACAACGUGAACGAGUCGAUCCUGGCCUGGGGAGACGUGGGCGGCUUCAUCAACAUCCUCUUCUUCAGCUCCGCCAACAUCGCCCUCUUUGAACGUCCACCAGCCCCUGCUGGCGAGAAGCAAGCAUGGCAGGAGCCGUGUCUGAACGUGCGGCUGGCGGACAUCGUGGGUGGUCGCUACAAGAACGCAACCUACACCAAGUACGAGGGACAUCGAGAGAAGGCCAAGGGCGAGUGGGUCCGAGAAGUUCGGUAUUCUCAGUAUCUGGAAUGUUUCAUCAGCUGUGCGACCACCACCUUGAACGCUGUUGUGAUUGGCUGGAUGGAGAAACAUACAUCUGUCAAUCAAAACAUUGAAUUGAUGAGGGGUGCACAGCCAAACAAGAAGGAGAUUCAGAGACAAUCUGACUUUACUAUAUCUCAGGGUGUCAACUCAUUUGACUACAAUGAUCGCCUUAAUCUCAUCGCUACGGCGGGUGUCAACAACCACGUGUGUCUGUGGAACCCCUACGUCGUGUCCAAGCCAAGUGGCGUGCUCCGGGGUCACAUGGCGAGCGUGGUGCAGGUGCAGUUCAUCACCAGCAGGGGCCAGCUCAUCAGCUUCUCCAAGGACAAGGUGCUGCGAGUGUGGGACGUGCAGCUGCAGGUGUGCAUCCAGCGCCUGGCCGGCAUGUUCCCCAAGGGGCCUGAAGUGCAGAGUACUCUGUUCUUUGACGAGGGCAAGGACCGCAAUGGGAACGACCGAAGCCGCCUGUUCAUCACUUUCAACUACCAGCUGACUGCCAUGGACAUGAAAGUCGAGAUCCGAGACCGCAUCAUGUCCCACGAGAAGCCCAUCGUAGCUGCCCUGUACAAUAACACGUACAACCAGGUCGUCAGUGUGUGUCAGGCGGGGAGCAUCAUCGUCUGGCUGAUUGACACGGGUCAGAAGGUCAAGCAGUUCAACAGUUCCCAUGGCAACUCGGAGGUGACCUGCAUCACUCAGGACCCGAGUGAAACCCGCCUGUACACGGGCAGCACGGACGGCACCGUCAAGGUGUGGGACUUCAAUGGUCACUGCUACCACAGCCUGGAGUGUUCUGGAGGGCAGCCUGCAGAUGUUGGCCAGAUCCUGGUCCUGAAGAGAUCCGUGCUGGUGGUGGGCUGGGCCAAGUUUGUGACUGUGUUCCGGAACAGCGCCUUCCGUGACUACCACGUGCAGCCGUCCGACUGGAAGGGAGGUCAGGAGCACGUGGAGGACAUCCUGUGCGGGUCCUUCCAGAGCCCGAAUGUCCUGGCGACCGGGUCGUAUGACGGGGAGGUCGUCGUCUGGAACACCAACUCGGAGCAGGCGUCGCGGCACCUCAACCAGCGCGCGCGCAAGAAGAACCUCACCAGGGGGAAGUCCAUGAUGCUGAAGGACAAGGAGCCCAGUCAGCUGGCUCCGGUUGCCGAACACUCCGACAGCAAGUCAACCGUCGGCUCCAUCACAUCAAUGGAGGUCAGGCCCAAGUCUCGGCCCAAGUCCCGCGCCCUUUCUCGAGUCAGUCAAGGCAGCAGCGACCAGAGUGAGUUCAGCAUGGCUGUUGCUAAGCUGCUGUUCCUGGAGACAAGGAAAGGUAAUUCUGCAGGGGGCGGUGCCAACCUGGUGUCGUGUGGCGGCAACGGAUGGGUGCGCUUCUGGAACACGUCCAAGAACGUCUUACUGGCUGAGUUUGUUGCCCAUCUCCACGCUGGCAGUAUCAUAAUGGCGACUGACAAGAAGAACCAGUAUCUGGUGACGGGCGACGUCGAUGGCCUGGUGAAAGUCUGGGAGAUCAGCGAGUACUGUACUCAUCAUGUAGACAAGCCAUUACAGACACCUCCCCCUCUGAAGUGCCAGUACCAGCCUCACCACGAUAUGAUCAACUCACUGGACCUGUGUGAGCGCAACGACCGCGCCCUCGUCAUCUCCGCCUCCUCAGACUGCAGCGUUGCGGUCUGGGACGUCCACGGCAACAAGCUGGGAGUCUUCGGUCAGGAGGAGCAUUGGAAGAUCGAGCCGUACGACCCCACAGCCGAGGAGGAAGAGGAAGACACGAAACAGGACGUUGCUGCUGAGAAGCUGGACAUUGACCUUGUUGAAUCGGAUGCUGAGAGUCAGUGGGAGCCGGACGAGUCCGCAAUAUGCCAGCCCCAGGACUAUCGCCUCAACACAUGGAACAACACUGUCCUCGGCAAAGACUACCAAGAGCUGCGGGUGCGGAAGCGAGAGCGGCGCCAGCCCGGCACUAUCCCCAACCUGCCGUACCUGCACUGGGAGCGGACCGGAGCGCCACCUGCUGGGCCCUACUCUGCCUUGGAGACGAAGGAGUUGGAUGAUGUUCGCCCACUGGUCAAACCUGAUGCUGAGAAGUACUUCCAGGAGAGACCCGGCAGCUCCGACCUCAUCCCCAAACUCCCGGAGUUAGCUGACACGCUGAAGACUGCCUACGAUGAGAAGUCCCUGUUUCCCCGGUACAUCCUGGACUAUGAGAAACGCUUCCACGAGAUGAGGAGAAACCCAUCCCAGGUCAACCACAGGGUGCUGCGCACCAACUUCCAGACAAUCGGAGUCGGCAUGGGACAGAUGGCCAAGCAAUCACCGCGGAAGAGUAAAGGUCAACGGUUAAAACCCCUGCAGACACGGAAGAGUUCGGUCAGUGUCAGCGUCCACGACUGAAGCUUGUCCACAGUCACAGAAGUCCUCCUGAAGAUGUUGUGUUAACUGGGGUUUAUCAUCAGGUAUCGAGCAUUCUGUGCCACACCUAGGUUCAACAUGUCAGCCUGUGUUUUUCAAGGGGUGUAGUUAAAGCGUUGUAGUUAAAGCGUUCGCUCGUCACGCUGAAGACCCGGGUUCGGUUCCCAACAUGGGUACAAUGUGUGAAGCCCAUUUCUGGUGUCCCAUGCUGUGAUAGUUGGAAUAUUGCUAAAAACGGCGUAAAACCAUACUCUCUCUCACUGUGUUUUUAUGUCAUACCUGGGUGUCUUCUCGGCUAGAAAACAGAAUACUGGAUAACUUCUGCCAUAUGCACAAGCUUUUUAAGCUGCCUUGCUAAAAUAACAGGGUUCAACAGCUUCAUCCCCCAAUUUUUGAGGGGCGGUCGGGUAGCCUAGUGGUUAAAGCUUUCGCUCAUCACACCUAAGAUCGGGUUCGAUUCCAGACAUGGGUACAAUGUGUAAAGCCCAUUUCUGGUCUCCCCUGCUGUGACAUUGCUGGAAUAUUGCUAUAAGCCGUGUAAAACCAUACUCUCUAUCAUCCCCCUAUUUUAUAAUUAGUCAUGCUGUUGUUAUUAGCACCAUGAGACAAACAUGGGUAUACAAUAUUCUGUAGGUGUAUCGUCUCUUUGCAAUACAGGCUGGUCGGGUAGCCUAGUGGUUAAAGCGUUCACUCGUCACACUGAAGAUCCAGGUUUGAUUCCCGACAUGGGUACAAUGUGUGAAGCCCAUUUCUGGUGUCCCCCGCCAUGAUAUUGCUGGAAUAUUGCUAAAAGCGGCGUAAAACCAUACUCACUUUGCAAUACAAGGAGGUGCAUGGCCCAGUUGCUGCUUGGCUUCGUGUGGAGUUACAUCCCUUAGGCAUACCAGGAUCUGAUGACUGAUUCUGAUUCUUGGUUUGUCAGCUCAUGGGUUUCAUCAAAUGUCGGGUACCCUGACAUGAAGGGAUACGACUGAAAUGGUGUUUAUGCAGAGUUUGAUCCAUAUAACAAUAAUAAAAAAAUAAUCCCCUAUAAAAAAUCUAAUAUUUUUUGUGGUGGUGACAUGUCCGUGUUCGGUCCCCACCUAUUAUACAAUUCUGAGUUGGAGGUCACCAGCAACUAUGGUGGUCGUAAGAGGGUACAAUUUGGGGGGGGGCUCAGUGAGCUGGUCGAUUGGGUGUCAUUGUCCCCCGAUGACGUUGAUCGUUACUCACAAUAAUCAUCACUGGAUUGUCUGGUCUGGUCUGACAUCAAAUGGCUGAAAUAUUGUCGAGUGCAGCGUUAAACAACAACAAACACAAACCCGUCCAGCCCAAAUUCAAAAGUGAAGUUUUUUCACAAUCUCAUUAAAAUCAGACCUUAGUCCUCGCUAUUGCUAAUUAAAGAUCUGAAGACAUCCCAUUAGGGGUUACGUCAGAACAACCUUUCAUCCGACCAAUCAGAGCGUCACUUACCAGAUCAUGAAAGUGACAGUCGGAAUGUGAUUUCUAAUCAUACAACCUCGAAAAUUUGUCAAGAUCUGUUUCGAAGCGUAGUCGCCAAUUUGAAAUUAGUGCCGUAGACCACGAGAAAGGUGCCUUCUGAUUGGUAAUUCCAUUUGUCGGUCGAAGUUUGCACAAGGUCGGUCUGACGUGACCCGUAAUGGGAUGUCCUCAGAUCUUUGUUUAGCGGUAGCAAGAACUAAGAUCUGAUUUUAAUGAGAUUGAGUAUUUUUUUAACCUAUUUUUUUAUUUGUCUGUGAUAUUUUGUGUGAUAUUUGUCUUUUGACAAUGUAUAUACUUUUUACUGUAAAUAUAUGUAUGCAUUUUAUAUAUCUAGAUGAUAUGCCAGAGUCAGAACUGUGAGCCAUGUAAUGAGUGAUUUAUUGUAUGAAAUAAACUUCAGUCAGUGAGA